CAUUGGGUAAAUGGAGUCAAAAUCUCCUUGUAUAAUCGUCCACGGGGGCAUCUCCACCGUCGAUGACCCCUGGAUAAUGGAGAAGGUCUCGGCAUGUGUGAAAUCGGCGUCUAGAGGCUACGAUGCUCUCGUGUCGAACCAGAGCUCUGUGGAUGCUGUGGAGGAUGCACUCUGGUGGCUGGAGAAUGAUGAAUUCUUGAACUGCGGCUAUGGGUGUGCCCCCAACGAUCAGAACCAAGUUCAGAUGGACGCGAGCAUCAUGAAUGGUACGACAUCCCAGUGCGGCACGAUCCUGGGAUUGAGGGACGUGGAGCAUCCUAUUUCCGUUGCGCGAUAUGUCAUGGAGAAUUACAGGAAUAAAAUAUUCUCGAAUGAUUUGAUGAAGAGGAUGAAAAACAUCCCGAGGUUCUGGAUGACUCCUGGGAAUAUGGAUCCUGUUUUUGAAAGGAAUGAAGAAGUGAAAAGUAAAGAGCAAGAAUUUUAGUGAUUUUAAUAUUCAUUUUGUUAUUCAGAGUUUAUUUGGACAUUUUGGAGGUCUCAAUUUUUUUGACUUUUUAGAAGUGUUAGGAGACAUUGUAAAUAUCUGAAAAAAUCAUGAAGUUUAUUUCUUUAAACAUAUUACGCACUUUAAUUGAAUUGUCUAUUUUACUUGAAAUUUCGA